AAAUUUUUGACAAAUGAAAACACAACAGUCACUAUUCAUUUGAUAAAUCAUUUCGGUAAUGACGAAAGUUCCUUAUCUUACUAGAAUAAUAAUCGGUGCUGCUGGCAAAAGAGAGUUUAUCUAACUCUACAAUCUUGCGGUGUUUUGGUUUUGAGAGAUCGCUUCUUUUCAUGGAAAGUAUCAACUAUUAAACACCCAUCUAUUAACUAUUACACAAUCAUAACAUGAUCAUUUCAGGUUUAAAUCAUGGAAAAAUUACAAUCAUUGCAGUAAAGUUCAUCAAAUCAUAAUAGCAUCCUUCUCAUUGAUUGCCACUGAUUCUAAUAAAAUUUUUGGCCAAAAUGCCUGAUUACAUGGGGAAAAUCGAUGAUUCCGUAGAUAUGCAAACUAUUGAGUUGCAUCGCGCUGACAGCCUGCCCGGAGCAGAGACAGAAAUCCCUAAAAUUCCAGAAAAAACGAAUACCAAGUCGGAAGACGCGCUCGAGGAACCACAAUCAUGGUGUGCUAAAGUAAAUUACAUGAAAAUAGAAGUUGUCAUGUUUCUUUACAUGUUUUCCUACAUUUUACGAUCCGUUUCGUCGACUACUAUGAUAAUGGACAAAGCUUGCAUCGUUCAUUUAGGAUAUUCUGAAGAAAUAUGCAAAAAUCUCGCUGAACAUAAAGAUAUUAAAAAUGUGGUAGAAAAACUGGCCAACAACUACUCAGUGGGACAUUCUCUGAUACAAUUGGUUCCUUCUUCAAUUUUAGCUUGUUUUAUCGGCUCUUGGAGUGACAAAUAUGGCAGAAAAAUACCAAUAAUUAUGGCUCUUCUUGGCAUUAUUUUGGAUGGCUUAGGGAGCUCAAUCUGUGCUGGAUUGUUUUACAGCAGGAUUGAGUUUUAUUUCAUACCAGCCAUAUUUACAGGCUGUUCCGGAGGUUUCAUUACUGUGCUUACUGUCAUAUAUAGUUAUGCUGCGGAUACGACCAAAUUCAGUAAAAGGACAAUUAAAUAUGCUUUACUGGAACUAUCGUUCGGUUUAUCAAUGCCGCUGGGCAUCCUAUUAGGUGGUUACCUUUACAAAUAUACUGGCUAUGUGUAUGUAUUUAUGAUAUCAACAGGUGGUCACGUAUUGGGGUUGAUUUGGGUAAUGUUUGUAAUCAAAGAAACAAGAGGAUUGGACAAUACAGAUAGCUGGUCAGUGAAACUACGAAGCUUGUGGUCAUCUCAACAAAUUAUCGAUAGCUUCAGAGCUACUAAUAAGAAACGACCGAAUAAAGGAAGGGAACAAAUACUAGCUCUGAUGGUUGCAACGAGUUUUGCAGUGUUAAGUUACGUUUCGACGGCUGGUAUCAGCUAUUUGUAUGCUCAUCAUCAAUAUGACUGGGACAAUACGAAGUAUUCUACGAUUUCAUCUAUUUUCUCCAUUCUUGGAAUUGUUAUAAUGAUGGUAUGCGUUCCAGUUUUUAAAAAACUCAAGUUGGGAGAUCCAACUCUUGGUUUAAUUGGAAGCACGUCAAUGGUUUUGAAAAAUCUUGGCUUGGGUCUCGCGAGUACAAAAGAAAUUUAUUUUUGUGCUAACUUGGCUGGAUUAUUAUCUGGAUUCAGUUCCUUAGCUGGUCGAUCAAGAAUAUCCAAAGUAUCGUCGAAAGAGGAUAUAGGUAAAAUAUUUGCAUUUCUAACAACAGCGGAAAGCUUAAUCCCAAUCCUGUCAACAGCAGUUGCUUCUCAAGUUUUCAAUGCUACUUUGGACUUUUAUCCAGGAUUAAUAUACUUAAUAAUGGGUAUUUUACUUAUAAUACCAUUGGGUGUCUUUGCGUGGCUUGCUCGACUUCCUACGGUUAACUAUGAAGAAAUCUACAACAACCCAGAGGAAUAUGAAACAGAAAAGAAAUCAAAAGACGAAGAAAGUGCGACGAAAAUGGAGAAAUACUAAGUUGUUGCAGUUUCUUGCAGCAAACUUUUUCUUGGAAAAAUAAUUUCUUGAGGGCAAAUUCAACGAAUAUUUUUAAACAAUGCAGUUUAUCAGAUUAGUGCUGUUGAUUUGCUAAUCAUUUCACAGAUAAAAUUAUAAACCUGUGAAAUCUCAGUCAACCUGUGGCUCGAGCUUCUAUUUGCAUGAGAUAUCUUUAUUCCAUACAAAAGUACAUUUCCUAAUAGAAAUACUUCUGACUUUUUAACGGAAAGUAUAAUUCAAUACUUUUAGUUUUGCUAAAAACUUGUUUCUCUAUAUUUCAUAUCACUCAGAAAAAACACUAGUUUUUGAAAAAGAUAUUAUUUACCCUAUUUCAAAAAAAUUAAAAAUAAAUUCAUACUACUUUGUAAGUAUAUACCUUUUUUUAAUGAAAGUAAAACGAUGAUAUAUUGCUCUAUUUAUAUCGUUUUCAUAGUUCAUGCAUUUUUUGUUGAUACAUUACUUGUGCAUAUUGUACAGUUUUUAUAAUUUAUUAUUAUUUGUUCAUGUAACCUUAAAUAUCUUACAAAUAAAAGCUUUAUUUAUA